AUGGCUGAGACCCCGUCGCCGCCCAGCGCCGGCGCGGAAAGUUCCAGCGAGGAACAGGCGAGGGGCGGAGAGCGGCAGCCAGAGGAGCCGCGCUGUGCUUCAGCCAGGGGCGCGGACCGAGAGGGCGAGGCACGACCGCCGCUGGGCUCUCCCGCUGGGCAGUCGGAGCCCGACUCUCCGGUAGCCGCCCCCUUCUUCCUGCUCUACCCCAGCGAUGGAGGCGCCGGCUUUGCAGCGCGCCCACCGCCGCAGCGCGCCUGGAGGACCCCGCCGUCGCCGAGCUCCCCUCUGCCCUUCCUUCUUUUGAGCUACCCGAGCGGCGGCAGCGGCGGCGGCGGCAAGCACCAUCCUAACUAUCUCAUGGCUAACGAACGCAUGAACCUGAUGAACAUGGCCAAGCUGAGUAUCAAGGGUUUGAUCGAAUCAGCUCUCAACCUGGGGAGGACUCUGGACUCUGACUACGCACCUCUCCAGCAGUUCUUUGUGGUGAUGGAGCACUGCUUGAAACAUGGCUUGAAAGCCAAGAAAACUUUUCUUGGACAAAAUAAAUCCUUCUGGGGGCCUCUAGAACUGGUAGAAAAACUUGUUCCAGAAGCUGCAGAGAUAACAGCAAGUGUUAAAGAUCUUCCAGGACUUAAGACACCAGUAGGCAGAGGAAGAGCCUGGCUGCGUUUGGCAUUAAUGCAAAAGAAACUCUCAGAAUAUAUGAAAGCUUUGAUCAAUAAGAAGGAACUUCUCAGUGAAUUCUAUGAACCCAAUGCCCUCAUGAUGGAAGAAGAAGGAGCCAUAAUUGCUGGUCUCUUGGUGGGUCUGAAUGUCAUUGAUGCCAACUUCUGUAUGAAAGGAGAAGAUUUGGACUCUCAGGUUGGAGUUAUAGAUUUUUCAAUGUAUCUCAAGGAUGGAAACAGCAGUAAAGGUAGUGAAGGAGAUGGUCAAAUCACUGCAAUUCUGGACCAGAAGAACUAUGUGGAAGAACUCAACAGGCAUCUGAAUGCUACUGUAAACAACCUCCAGGCAAAAGUGGAUGCAUUAGAAAAAUCCAACACGAAACUGACAGAGGAGCUUGCAGUUGCAAACAACAGGAUUAUUACCUUGCAAGAAGAAAUGGAACGAGUUAAAGAGGAAAGCUCAUACAUAUUGGAAUCCAAUCGGAAGGGUCCUAAGCAAGAGAAAACUUCAGAGGGGCAAGCACUGAGUGAAGCAAGAAAGCAUUUAAAGGAGGAGACACAGUUACGACUGGAUGUUGAAAAAGAGCUGGAGAUACAGAUUGGCAUGAGACAGGAGAUGGAAUUGGCCAUGAAGAUGCUGGAGAAGGAUGUCUGUGAGAAGCAGGAUGCCCUGGUGUCUCUGCGGCAGCAGCUGGACGAUCUCAGGGCUCUCAAACACGAACUUGCCUUUAAGCUGCAGAGUUCAGACUUAGGUGUAAAACAGAAAAGUGAACUAAACAGUCGCUUAGAAGAGAAGACUAAUCAGAUGGCUGCUACCAUUAAACAACUGGAGCAGAGGUAAAAGUGCUGUUUCUUUAAUGAAAUAUUUUGGACUUUUCAGGGCUAAGGGUGAAAAGAAUAUAAUAUGCAUUUGGUAAAUAGAAAAUAUAUAAAAUUCUUUCAGCUUUCAGACAUGCUGAUAGAAAGAAAGCCAAUUAAAUCUUAUCUGGGCUUUCUAAGAUGGCACUGAAAACAUUUGGUAAGAAAUGUCA